UGAUGAAAAUACGAACAUUGAAUGCUUGCUGCUUGGAUAUCAUCUGCACUGAGUGAACUAAUUAAAAAUCUGUCAUGUACUGUUCGAAAUUUUGAACCCCUAAAAAAAAAUAUCUUACUGCUCUUACUUAUUCAGCAUAAUUAUGUUUAUAUAUAUGUGUGUGUAUGUGUAUUGAGAGACAAAUAGACACUAGCCACAUGUUGUAAUAACCAAUUUCUUCUUUUAGCUGUCUGGUUUGUGAAGAACCGAGUGGGUUUGGUUUAAUUAGUGAGUUCUCCAGCAAUGUUGGGAUGUCGUCUCUCCGGUUCUUUCCAUCCAGUUUCCUCAAGUUUGUUCGUCCUUUUGGCUGCCCUUAUUUUAGGAGUUGCUGAAACUCGGGAGCUGGGGUUUAAUUAUUCUACAACUUCGAAUUCGCCGUCGUCGUCGUCGAUUCCGGCGGUCUUCGUGUUCGGCGACUCGACGGUGGAUGCAGGCAACAAUAACUAUAUUAAGACUACUUCGAAAAGCAACUUUCCGCCGUAUGGGAAGGACUUCCCCACCCACACUGCCACUGGAAGGUUCAGCAAUGGCAGACUCGUCACUGAUUUUGUAGCUUCAUAUGUUGGUCUGAAAGGCGACAUACGUGUCUACUUGGAUCCAUCAUUGACCCUCCAGGACCUCAGGAAUGGAGUUUGUUUUGCCUCUGCUAGCUCCGGAUUCGACCCUCUCACUGCUCUCCAAAGCGGCGUAAUAUCGAUCCAGAAGCAGCUGCAGUUCUUGAAGGAGUAUAGAUCAAGAAUGGAGGGUUACAUAGGGAAGGAGGCCACAAGCACUCUCAUCAGCAAGGCUGUGUUCAUCAUAAGCGCCGGGACAAACGACUUUGUCGUCAAUUAUUACGGCGCAGAUCCAAUCCGACGCCAAACCUUCACCCUCCCCGCCUACCAGCACUUCAUCCUACAGCUUGUUCAACAGUUCCUCCAGGGUCUUUUAGAGAUGGGGGCGAGGAACAUUGCAUUUGUGGGACUCCCGCCGAUGGGCUGCCUGCCAGCUGUCAUCACACUGAACUCCGGCAACUCCUUGGCUCACCGGAGCUGUGUCGAAUCUCUGUCAGCUCUCUCUCGUGAUUACAACCGCUUGCUUCAGGCCAAGCUAACGGCAAUGCAGCAGAGCCAUGGGGCUCGUGUUUUUUACAUUGAUAUCUAUAAGCCGUUGGAUGAGAUGAUCAGAAACCCUCAACAAUUUGGGUUUGAAAAUGUGAAUCGUGGGUGCUGCGGCAGCGGGAUGCUGGAGAGUUCGUACCUGUGCAAUUCGUUGUCGGCGGUCUGUCCUGAUGACUCAAAGUAUGUGUUUUGGGAUGCUAUCCACCCUUCUCAGGCAGCUUAUUACAACAUCUUCAAGUCCAUUCGUCCAAUUAUUGAUGGAUUUUUGAAGGAUUAAUCUAUUUAUUACACAAUACACACAUAUGCAGCUGUUUUGCUUCUUUGACGAUUUGGGAAUUGAAGAUAACUUAUCAUGAUAAUUUAUUUAAACAUACAAAUACAGUCGUCUCCCACAUGGCAUUUAUUUU